UGCGGCCGCAGCCAAGGCUGGAAAAUGGCGGCUCGCUAGACUCGCCGCUGGGCGCAUCCCUGCCUUCGUGCGCCGGCUUCCCCAGACGGCGGGCAGGCUCGGGCUCCCGUGCGCCAUGACGCGCUGGGUGCCCACCAAGCGGGAGGAGAAAUACGGCGUGGCAUUCUACAACUAUGAUGCCAGGGGCCCAGAUGAGCUGUCUUUACAAAUAGGAGACACCGUCCACAUAUUGGAGACACAUGAAGGUUGGUACAGAGGUUAUACUUUAAGGAAAAAAUCCAAAAAAGGCAUAUUUCCCUCCUCCUAUAUACAGCUUAAGGAAGCAAUAGUUGAAGGAAAAGGACAACAUGAAACUGUUAUACCCAGCGAACUACCGCUCAUUCAGGAGGUUACCACCACGCUACGGGAAUGGUCUACAAUAUGGCGGCAGCUCUAUAUUCAAGAUAACAGAGAAAUGUUCCUUAGUGUAAGGAACAUGAUAUAUGAUCUUAUUGAAUGGAGGUCACAGAUACUCUCUGGAACCCUACCCCAGGAUGAGCUCAAGGAACUUAAAAAGAAAGUCACUGCCAAAAUUGACUACGGAAACAGAAUUCUUGAUUUAGACCUAGUGGUAAGGGACGAAGAUGGCAAUAUAUUGGAUCCUGAGCAAACCAGCACCAUCAGCCUUUUCAGAGCUCAUGAAAUAGCUUCCAAGCAAGUGGAGGAAAGACUGCUGGAAGAAAAAUCUCAAAAGCAGAAUCUUGACAUUAGUAGGCAAGCCAAGUUUGCUGCGACACCUUCAUUUGCCUUGUUUGUAAACCUGAAAAACGUUGUCUGCAAAAUCGGAGAAGAUGCUGAAGUCCUUAUGUCUCUGUAUGAUCCUUUAGAAUCCAAGUUCAUCAGUGAGAAUUAUCUGGUGAGGUGGUCGAGUUCUGGGCUCCCAAAAGACAUAGAUAGAUUACAUAAUCUCCGCGCAGUGUUCACGGACCUUGGCAGCAAAGACCUGAAAAGAGAGAAAAUCAGUUUCGUCUGUCAGAUCGUGCGAGUAGGCAGAAUGGAACUAAGAGACAACAACACAAGAAAGCUAACCUCUGGCCUCCGGCGACCUUUUGGCGUAGCAGUAAUGGAUGUAACUGACAUAAUUAAUGGGAAAGUAGAUGACGAGGACAAGCAACACUUCAUUCCAUUUCAGUCGCUAGCCUUGGAUAACGCCAUUCGACACAAGCAGUUGAACAUAUCAUCCCGUUUUUCACCCAGGGUGGCAGGGGAGAAUGAUUUCCUUCAGACUGUAAUAAACAAAGUGAUUGCUGCUAAAGAAGUUAACCACAAGGGUCAGGGUUUAUGGGUAACGUUGAAGCUUCUUCCGGGAGAUAUUCAUCAGAUAAGAAAAGAAUUCCCUCAUUUAGUUGAUAGAACCACAGCUGUGGCUCGCAAAAUGGGGUUUCCUGAGAUUAUUAUGCCUGGUGAUGUCCGUAAUGAUAUCUAUGUAACACUAGUUCAAGGAGAUUUUGACAAAGGCAGUAAAACCACAGCAAAGAAUGUAGAGGUUACAGUAUCCGUUUAUGACGAAGAUGGCAAAAAAUUGGAGAAUGUCAUUUUUCCUGGUGCUGGAGAUGAAGCCCUUUCAGAAUAUAAGUCUGUGAUAUAUUACCAAGUAAAACAACCUCGCUGGUUUGAAACUGUAAAGGUUGCAAUUCCCAUUGAAGAUGUAAACCGCAGUCACUUAAGGUUUACCUUUCGGCACAGGUCAUCACAGGACUCCAAAGAUAAAUCUGAGAAAAUAUUUGCCCUGGCGUUUGUUAAAUUGAUGAGAUAUGAUGGAACAACACUACGGGAUGGAGAGCAUGAUCUAAUAGUGUACAAGGCAGAAGCAAAGAAGCUAGAAGAUUUUUCGACUUAUUUAAGUUUGCCCUCUACUAAAAUAGAAUUGGAGGAAAAAGGUCACUCAACGGCUGGCAAGGGCAUGCAAAAUCUUGGAAGCUGCACCAUCAGUAAAGAUUCCUUUCAGAUUUCUACUCUAGUUUGUUCAACAAAGCUAACCCAAAAUGUGGACCUGCUGGGUCUGCUGAAGUGGCGAUCGAACACAAACCUCCUGCAACAGAAUCUCAGACAACUGAUGAAGGUUGAUGGAGGUGAAGUGGUUAAGUUUCUUCAAGACACACUAGAUGCGCUCUUCAACAUAAUGAUGGAGAAUUCUGAGAGUGAAACAUUUGACACUCUGGUGUUCGAUGCUUUGGUAUUUAUCAUUGGACUAAUUGCUGACCGGAAGUUCCAGCAUUUUAAUCCUGUUUUAGAAACCUACAUCAAGAAACAUUUCAGUGCUACUUUGGCCUACACAAAACUGACAAAAGUUUUAAGAAGCUAUGUGGAUAAUGCUGCUGUCACUGAUCAGCUAUUCAAAGCUAUGAAAUCUUUGGAAUACAUCUUCAAAUUUAUUGUACGGUCAAGAAUUUUGUUCAACCAACUUUAUGAAAACAAAGGCGAAGCUGAUUUUAGGGAAUCUUUACUUCAGCUGUUUAAGUCUAUCAAUGAAAUGAUGAGCAGUGCCUCCGAGCAGACUGUUAUAGUAAAGGGAGCUGCACUUAAAUAUUUGCCAACUAUUGUGAAUGAUGUGAAACUUGUUUUUGACCCCAAAGAACUUAGCAAGCUAUUCACAGAUUUUAUACUGAAUGUUCCAAUGGGCCGUCUCACAAUUCAGAAGCUAUAUUGUUUGAUUGAAAUAGUUCACAGUGAUCUUUUCACCCAGCAUGACUGUAGAGAGAUUUUGCUGCCAAUGAUGACAGAUCAGCUGAAGUACCAUUUGGAACGACAGGAAGACCUGGAAGCCUGUUGCCAAUUGGUCAGCAACAUCCUGGAAGUUCUUUACAGGAAAGAUGUGGGACCGACACAGCGACAUGUACAGAUUAUUAUGGAGAAGCUACUGAGGACAGUAAACAGAACAGUCAUAUCAAUGGGACGUGAUUCAGAACUCAUAGGAAACUUUGUUGCAAGCAUGACAGCUAUUUUAAGACAAAUGGAAGACUAUCAUUAUGCCCAUUUAAUCAAGACCUUUGGGAAGAUGAGAUCGGAUGUUGUUGACUUCUUGAUGGAGACAUUUAUCAUGUUCAAGAAUCUCAUUGGGAAGAACGUCUAUCCCUCUGACUGGGUUAUCAUGAACAUGAUGCAGAAUAAAGUCUUCCUGCGAGCAAUUAAUCAGUAUGCAGAUAUGCUAAACAAGAAAUUUCUUGAUCAAACCAACUUUGAGCUGCAGCUUUGGAACAACUAUUUCCACCUCGCUGUUGCUUUUCUUACCCAAGAGUCACUACAGCUGGAGAACUUUUCAAGUACUAAAAGAUGCAAAAUCCUUAACAAGUAUGGUGAUAUGAGAAGACAAAUUGGCUUUGAGAUCCGUGACAUGUGGUAUAACCUGGGCCAACAUAAAAUCAAGUUCAUCCCUGAGAUGGUGGGGCCUAUGUUAGAAAUGACACUGAUCCCUGAAACUGAACUUAGAAAAGCUACCAUCCCAAUAUUCUUCGAUAUGAUGCAGUGCGAGUUUCAUUCUACCAGUACCAGAAGCUUUCAGAUGUUUGAAAAUGAGAUCAUCACGAAGCUGGAUCAUGAAGUAGAAGGAGGCAGAGGAGAUGAGCAGUAUAAAGUGUUGUUUGACAAAAUUCUCCUGGAACACUGUAGAAAACAUAAGUACCUUGCCAAAAAUGGUGAAAAUUUUGUUAAACUUGUGGUUCGCUUGAUGGAGAGACUUCUGGAUUACAGAACCAUUAUGCAUGAUGAAAACAAGGAAAACCGCAUGAGCUGUACUGUCAACGUGCUGAAUUUCUACAAAGAGAUUGAAAGAGAAGAAAUGUACAUAAGGUAUUUGUACAAGCUUUGUGACCUGCACAAAGAAUGUGAUAACUACACUGAAGCUGCCUACACUUUACUGCUGCAUGCAAAGCUGCUUAAGUGGUCAGAAGAACCAUGUGCAGCGCAUCUUACACAGAGGGAUGGAUACCAGGCAGCCACACAAGGACAACUAAAAGAUCAGCUCUAUCAAGAAAUUAUCCAUUAUUUUGACAAGGGCAAGAUGUGGGAAGAAGCCAUUGCCUUGGGCAAAGAACUUGCAGAACAGUACGAAAACGAAAUGUUUGAUUAUGAACAACUCAGUGAACUGCUGAAAAAGCAAGCACAGUUCUAUGAAAAUAUUGUGAAAGUAAUCAGACCUAAACCAGAUUAUUUUGCUGUUGGAUACUAUGGACAAGGAUUUCCAACAUUUCUACGGAACAAAGUUUUUAUUUACCGAGGAAAAGAAUAUGAGCGUCGUGAAGAUUUUGAAGCCAGGUUAUUAACUCAGUUUCCUAAUGCUGAGAAAAUGAAGACAACGUCUCCUCCAGGAGAAAACAUUAAAAACUCUCCAGCGCAGUAUAUUCAGUGCUUCACUGUAAAGCCAAAGCUUGAUUUACCAUCAAGAUUUCACAAGCCGGUAUCAGAGCAAAUUUUAAGUUUCUAUAGGGUGAAUGAGGUUCAGCGAUUUGAGUAUUCACGGCCUGUUCGGAAAGGAGAGAAAAACCCGGACAACGAAUUUGCGAAUAUGUGGAUUGAGAGAACCAUUUAUGUGACAGGAUAUAAAUUACCUGGGAUUUUAAGAUGGUUUGAAGUCAAAUCAGUUUUUAUGGUUGAAAUCAGCCCACUUGAAAAUGCAAUUGAAACCAUGCAAUUAACAAAUGACAAAAUCAACAAUAUGGUUCAGCAACAUUUGAGUGAUCCAAACCUGCCUAUUAAUCCUUUGUCAAUGCUGCUAAAUGGUAUUGUAGAUCCUGCGGUUAUGGGUGGCUUCACCAACUAUGAAAAGGCUUUUUUUACUGAAAAAUAUGUGUAUGACCAUCCAGAAGAUCAUGAAAAAAUUGAGAAAUUGAAGGACCUAAUCGCAUGGCAGAUUCCAUUCCUGACAGAAGGUAUCCGAAUUCAUGGAGAUAAAGUCACAGAAGCACUUAGGCCAUUUCAUGAGAGGAUGGAAGCCUGUUUUAAGCAACUGAAAGAAAAAGUUGAAAAGCAGUAUGGUGUCAGGAGUCUUCCCUCAAGCAUAGAUGACAGACGAGGUAGUCGUCCAAGGUCCAUGGUUAGAUCAUUCACGAUGCCUUCAUCUUCAAGGCCACUGUCUGUUGCUUCAGUUUCCUCCAUUUCAUCUGACAGCGCACCUUCGAGACCAGGCUCUGAUGGGUUUGUGCUUGAGCCUCUUUUACCAAAGAAGAUGCAUUCUCGGUCACAAGACAAGUUGGACAAGGAUGAUCCGGAUAAAGAAAAGAAGGAGAAGAAAAAAGAAAAGCGAAACAGCAAGCACCAAGAGAUAUUUGAAAAGGAAUUCAAGUCGACAGAUAUCUCUUUGCAACAGUCUGAAGCAGUGAUACUUUCAGAAACGAUCAGUCCAUUGAGACCACAAAGACCAAAGAGCCAAGUUAUUAACAUCAUGGGGAGUGAAAAACGUUUUUCUGUUUCCCCAUCACCGCCUUCUCAAACCAUCCCUCCACCAGUCACUCCAAGGACCAAGCUUUCAUUCAGUUUACAGUCCAAUCUGGAACUAAAUGGCAUGAAUAGCUUGGAAAUGGCAGACAUUCCUCCUCCAUUGCCUCUGAAAGGCAGCAUGGCAGAUUAUGGAAAUCUCAUGGAAAGUCAUGAAUCUCUUAGCCCUGCCACAUCCCCACCUGUACCUCAAAGACAAUUGCCACCUCCAUUACCAAGCAAAACUCCACCACCGCCUCCUCCAAAGACUACUCGGAAGCAAACCUCUGUGGAUUCUGGAAUUGUCCAGUGAACAAGAGACCGGAUACCUCCAAAGACUGAGCUUGUAAAAUUUAUUUUCCCUAAAGAUGUACACAGUGUUUUAACACCACUCAACAUCAGAACAUCUAACAUAGUGCAAUAGUUCUCAUUUUCACAGCAAGAUUGAUAGCUCUACGUAAGGUCACAGAUUAUGAACCCAAACUGUAUUCCAAAGCACAGGUGUAUUGUUCAGUGACAACAUAUUAUUGCAGCCAUUUUUUAAAAAAAUGUAAGAAAUCAUUCCUGCUGGCUUCUGAAAUCUUAAUCUUAAAACUAUAGUUAAGAAGUUGCAUUGGGACUAAUAAGAGGAACAGUCCACUCUGUCAUUGCACUGGCAUUCACAAGCCUUUUUAAAAUAUUGGCCUAAUGUACCUUAGUAUCAUCAUAGGUUUGAGCUCUUUGUUCAGGAAAUAGGGAAACAGAAGUAUUUGUGAAGAGUAUUUAUAAUUGCUCUGGGCUACCAUUAAUGUUGGUCUCUCAUAGGCCGAUUGUUUCUUGAAGUUCCAUUGUAACAGAAUAAGGACCAACCAUUGGCUGAGCCUGAUUUUGUGUGGAUUUUAGUAUAGAAUGUGUUUUAAGCUCCUAGGAAGUUGUUAAUUUAUGGAAAAUAUCAUGUAUGCAAAUGAAGAAAUCUUGAGCUUCCUAAAAAAAUAGGAAAGGGGAGAGCUUUUGGGAACAAAAAUUCAAACCUAACAGUUGUACUUGAUUUACAGUUGUGCCAUUAUGUACAGCCAUUUUGUAUAUAUUAUUGGACUUGCAAAUUAUUUCAUUUCACUGUGCCUGCUUUUAAAGUAAUGAUGGUAUUAUGUACUUUCAAAGGUGUUACAGCAUUUUAAAUGUUGGUAACCACUGAAAAUGUAUAAGUUGCUAACAUGUGUGUUAUUCCCAGUAACUGAACUCAGAAAAUAUUGGGCAAUUAUGAAGAAAACCAGGAAAAAACUAACUUUUAAAAACUUGUCAAUGUAGUUCUUUUGUAUCAUCAACAACCUUUAUAACCUUAACAAUAGUUUUAAUAUUUCACUCUCUUCAGAAAUAAAGAAUUAUUUUAAAAUA